AAUGUGCCUUUUCUUCCUCAUCACCACCACUACCACUACCACUAGUACCACCACUAGCAAGGAAGGAAGGAUAUGUCCCCCACUCCACUUGUAUAUAUUCAUUGCCAGUUCACAAACACUCCUUUCUCAAUUCUCAAUUCUCAUCACACUCUCUCCCCACCAACUCCCAAAAAAGGCAAAAGCAAAAGCAAAAUCCAAACGAAAAAAUGAUCCCAAUAUCAAGUCUCUUCUUAGCCACUCUGCUCCUCACUGCUUCACUUGUUAUCUCAGCCCGACCCGAAUCCAGUUUCUCAGCUGAACUCAAGCACUCAAAUGACAAACCCAUCAACCAGAACAACAAAAACAACAAGAAGGGUGGUGGUAAUGGUGGUAAUGGUGGUAAUGAUGGCAGUGGUGGUAAUGGUGGUAAUGAUGGUAGUGGUGGCAUGGGCGGGUUCUUUGGACCCGGCUUCGACAUACCCGGGUUUGGAAAGGGCUUUGGCAGCAGUGUGGGUGGCGGGUAUGGAGGCGGAUAUGGGGGUCCAAAUGGAGGGUACUCCAAGGGUGGUACUGUGAGGACUUCUCUGGUGUGUAAAGAAAAGGGUCCAUGCUACAAGAAGAAGCUGACGUGCCCUGCUAAGUGCUUCACCUCCUACAGUCGAUCAGGAAAGGGGUACGGUGGCGGCGGCGGUGGCGGUGGGUGCACCAUUGAUUGCAAGAAGAAGUGUAGUGCUUAUUGCUAGAGGAAAAUAGGGUGGUGUUCCUGUUAUGCUGCUGCAGCCGGCAGCCGGCAGCCGGUAAUAUUUAUAUAUAUAGUUUGCUAUAAUUAUAGUAUGUAUAAGCAUCUGAUGUAAUAUGAUGAAGUUUUUAAGUAGUAGACCAUAUUAUAUAUAUCCUAUGAGACUAUUUAAUCUUCUUUUUAGCAAGUUUCUACUACUUCUUCGAGUGGUUUAAGAGUAUUUGUUUGUUUUCUUUUUUGGGUGCUAAGCUUUGCCGGUGGUAUUUAAAGCUUUUUGUGAUUGUGUUGAAACUUGAAAUCUAAAGUCUUAUGCGAUA